CGGCCGGGGCUGCUCCCUGCGGCCGGGGCGGGGUGAAGCGAAGCGGCGGCUGCCAUUCCUCGGCUGCGCGGCCGCCUCCUCCCCCUCCGCCUCUUCCUGGCCGCGGCGAGAGGAGCUGUGCUGGCAGCGGGGAGGCGGCGGCGGCGUCGCCCAGCUCCCUGCCCGCCAUGGCCAUCCGCAAGAAGAGCAACAAGAACCCGCCGGUGCUGAGCCACGAGUUCAUCGUGCAGAACCAUGCGGACAUCGUGUCCUGCAUGGCCAUGAUCUUCCUGCUGGGGCUCAUGUUCGAGAUUACAGCAAAAGCAGCUGUCAUUUUUGUUACACUUCAGUAUAAUGUUACCAUUCCUGCCACAGAAGAACAAUCUGCAGAAACAAUCUCUCUCUAUCACUAUGGCAUCAAAGAUUUGGCUACAAUUUUCUUUUACAUGCUUGUAGCAAUAAUCAUACAUGCUAUAAUUCAGGAAUACGUACUGGAUAAAAUUAACAGGAAAAUGCACUUUUCAAAAACAAAGCAUAGCAAGUUCAAUGAGUCUGGGCAACUUAGUGCAUUCUACCUUUUCUCCUGUGUUUGGGGAACAAGUAUUCUUGUCUCUGAGAACUAUAUAUCAGAUCCAACCUCUCUGUGGAGGGACUAUCCGCACACUCUGAUUCCGUUUCAAAUGAAGUUUUUCUACAUCUUACAGUUGGCAUACUGGUUUCAUGCUUUUCCAGAAUUGUACUUCCAGAAAACUAAAAAAGAAGAUAUCUUUCGCCAGAUCAUCUAUAUUGGACUUUAUCUUUUUCAUAUUGCUGGAGCCUAUCUCCUGAAUCUGACCCAUCUCGGACUUGUUCUUCUGGUAUUGCAUUACUUCGUUGAAUUUCUUUUCCACAUAUCUCGUCUUUUCUACUUCAGUGAUGAAAGAUACCAGAAAGGAUUUUCACUGUGGGCAGUUCUUUUUGUUUUGGGAAGGCUUCUCACCUUGAUUCUCUCAGUCCUCACUUUUGGCUUUGGACUGGCAAGAGCAGAAGAUCAGCAGCUGAAUUUCAGUACUGGAAACUUUAAUAUCCUGGCUGUUAGAAUCAGUGUUCUGGCUUCCAUCUGCAUGGCUCAAGCAUUUAUGAUGUGGAAGUUCAUUAAUUUCCAGCUUCGGAGGUGGAGAGAGCAUUCUUCUUCUCAGCCUCAGUCAGUGAAAAAGAAGUUUGUAACAGCUAAAGGAAAGAACUCCAGAAAAGAAAGAGAAAAUGGAAUAAAUGGAACAGUGACCUCAAAUGGAGCAGACUCGCCUCGUAGCAGGAAGGAUAAAUCCUCGUAAAACUGGGUUUUAUUAAGUUAAUUGACUAAUGUCCCCAAAGAAUCUGCUUUUUACAUGGAUGGCCCUUCAGCACUAGAGAUGUUGUGGAUUAAAGAAAAUACAAUUAAUGGUUUUUGAUUAUUGCUGUUGUUUUGACAAACUUUUUUUAAAAGCCAUUUUGACUAGGAAAAAGGUUUAUCUGUCUUCAAAUACUUGGGCGGGGGGGAGAUACAACACUUUUUAAAUAACAUUGACACUUUUUUAAACAUUUAUUGUGAUGAAAUAACCUCACUUAAUGAGGAUCACUGUUGCAAUGUAUUAUUUCUUUCCAGUUUUUGUAAUCUUGGUGAUAUAUACUGUUCUACCAACUUUACUUUUUCCAAGUUCUUCAAGAAGUCUUGCAAAAUUGAAGUAAAAACUUAGUAUGCAUUUUCAGAUACUCUGGCUUUUCAGUUAAUUACCUUGAUUCAAAUUUACAGUUCAAAUUGGGAUUGUGAGGCCACACCAAUAAACCUCUUAUUUUGUAGUUAAUAGCUACACAAUGUCUGCUCUAAGAAUUGCCCCAUAUCAUUAAAACAAAACUGAACUAA